GUUCGGCGGCUUCGACGCGGCCGACCGCCAAUUCCCCACACCAUCGUGAAGAUCAGUCCAUCGCGCUGCGGAGACUCCUACGGCUGCAUCGACGUUUUGCGGAUGCCCUUCGGCGAGACGGACAUCCUACGUUUGGUCUGCAGCUACACCAAUUUUCAGAAGUUCGUCUCCAGCAGCGGCCAUGGCCGCAGAG